AUGAAAGCACCAGCAGCAGCCGAACUUUUGGAUCAUUACCAUAUGUAUGCCAGGGAUGCUUGGUUCAUGAGUUUUGAGAUUCAAACGCGUGACACCUACGCGAGGGACAUUUUUGCACUUGGCAUCAAGAUGCUCAGAUUCCCUUUGUUCGCGAUCUCGCUGAUCGCGCUGAACAGCUUGCUCACUCCGGCAUUCGCUGGCUGGAGCGCCAAGGGCGGCGGCGGCGGCGGCGCACGGUGUGCCGGCGGUGGUUGCGCCAGGAAGCUUUCUGCCACUGGCGGCUCUGGUUCUGGAGGAUCCCCCUACUGGUGGCAAGACUCGAAACCGUUCAGCAAUCCUGAUCAUGGAUCCGGUGGUUCUCAUCAGCCAUCAGGGAAUUAUCCUCAGCAGCAACAGCAGCAGCAGUUCCAGAACACCUGCAAUCCGGGCUACGAAUGCGUCUCUUACGAUCGCUGCGACAAUGGUAUCGUGGUACCACACGGAAGUGCCGGGCAAAUCGACUUGCGGGGAAAGCCCAACAAGAAUAUAAAUGCUCUUGGCAGUCCUUGUGGCAACAACCAACCAGUAACCAGCAGUUCAGUGGGAAUAGCCAACCACAGCAAGGAUGUGGUAAUGGAGGAUGUGGAUCCAGCAACCAACAGUACCAACCUGCUGCACCACAAAGCUCUGGCUGUGGUGGAGGGAAUGGAUGCAAUGGGCAACAGCAGGUUCUUCAGCAACCUUUCCAACAACAGCAGCCACAACAGCAAUUUGGCGCUCCUCAGCCGUCAAGGCCAGCAGGUGGUGGAGGUNCACCAAGUGGUUGUGCUGGUGGAUCAUGUGGUGGUCAGAAGCCUCAAGUGUACCAACCUCAACAACCUCAACAGCAGUUCAACCCAGGAAGUUCUGCACCAAGUGGUUGUGCUGGUGGAUCAUGUGGUGGUCAGAAACCUCAAGUGUACCAACCUCAACAGCAGUUCAACUCAGGAAGUUCUGCACCAAGUGGUUGUGCUGGUGGAUCAUGUGGAGGACAGCAACCUCAAGUGUACCAACCUCAACAACCUCAACAGCAAUUCAACCCAGGAAGCUCUGCACCAAGUGGUUGCACUGGUGGAUCAUGUGGUGGCCAGCAACCUCAAGUAUACCCAGGUGCACAACCUAGACCACAAGUCCCAGUACCAAGUGGAUGCACUGGAGGGUCUUGUGGAGGUCAGCGACCCCAAGUUCAACCACCUAGACCACAAGUUGGCCCAUCAUCUCCAAGUGGUUGCUCUGGUGGAUCAUGUGGUGGCCAACAACCUCAAGUGUACCAACCUCAGCAACCACAGCAAAUUUCCCAGUCAGGAGGAUGUGGUGGACCUGGCAAUCCUUGUGGAGGACAAGGACAACAAACAUAUCAACCUCAGCCUAAACCCAGUCCCGGCAUUGGUGGACAGCAACCUUUCCCAGCAAGACCAGGGGGUUGCAGUCCUGGAGCCCCUGGAUGUGGGCAACAGAGACCUCAGGUUCAACCAGCAAGAUUUCCAGACUAUCAUCUCCAUGCCUGUUCAGCCACCCAACAUUGCUAGACAGCCCUUUCCUUCCGCUGCUUCCGCUGGUGGCAAUCAGAAUUCCAUCAACGCAAACUUUAAGCCAUACACUGGACCCACUGCUGCUCCAGUGCCCUUUGCUGGAUGCUCUGCU